AUGUUGCAUUCUUAUCAAGAAGCUGGCCAUAGGCGCCAAAUCGAGUCUAUGUUGCAUUCUUAUCAAGCUGGCCAUGCCCCCAAAUCGAGACCAUGUUGCAUUCUUAAAUCGAUUCUAUCGAGUUUGCAUUCUUAUCAAGAAGCUGGCCAUAGGCGCCAAAUCGAUUCUAUGUUGCAUUCUUAUCAAGAAGCUGGCCAUAGGCGCCAAAUCGAUUCUAUGUUGCAUUCUUAUCAAGAAGCUGGCCAUAGGCGCCAAAUCGAGUCUAUGUUGCAUUCUUAUCAAGAAAUAGGCGCCAAAUCGAGUCUAUGUUGCAUUCUUAUCAAGAAGCUGGCCAUUGGCACCAAAUCGAGUCUAUGUUGCAUUCUUAUCAAGAAGCUGGCCAUUGGCACCAAAUCGAUUCUAUGUUGCAUUCUUAUCAAGAAGCUGGCCAUAGGCGCCAAAUCGAUUCUAUGUUGCAUUCUUAUCAAGAAGAAGCUUAAAUCGGCAUGA